AUGACAAAAUCAAAUUUGUUUCAUGUAACAUUGUUAGUUCUCCUCUUCCUCUUCUCUAGUGUUCUUGAAGCCACCGAGAAGAACCGCAUGCACCAACUUCAAGAUUUUAUGCGGUCAGAAAGUUCGCCUCUGCGAGUCACUGGACGUCGGCGAAUCCCACCCUCUGGUCCUAGUCACAAAGAACCAUGGCCUCCAGUCCGAACCAAGGCCAACAUAAAUUUGUGGUCACCAUCACAACGUCUGGUUUUUGGAAUGCUACCUAAGAACGUUCCGAUUCCACCAUCGGGACCUAGCAGAAAAGAAACCCCUUGGGCGCCAACACCACCAAAUAAUAUGUUCUAA